AUGUUCUGUCAUCACGGUGCUUGCUUUGUUGACAAAACAAAGGAGCUUUUUAGAAACAAUGCUGCCAAACGGUUCAAGUAUCUCUGUGUUUACGGUGAGAAAGGGGUGACAGUGGAGGAGGCUCUGAGAAGAGAUGGUCGCUUCAUUGAUGACCUGGGUAACUAUAGUUUAUCCAACAAUGAGAAUCCAAAGUGCUUAACAGAACGGGCACAAAUGGUUGUCAGCUUGAACCAGAAAAAGUUUAAGAUAUGUCUUCCCAAAAGGAGAAGUGGUGAACAGAAUAGUGAAGAAAAAAAUGCAGGAAACCCAUCAUCUAAUUCACACAACAUGCGCAAAGCAAGGUCAGUCACAGAUGUAGCACAUCAGAGUGGAGUCAGUGUAAAAACAGCAGUAGAAAAGAGCGUCAACACUGCAGAGAUUUAUGAGCUACUGCGUCAGCAGUUUCCAGAUCUAAAAGAAUGGAUGGAGAGUAGAUAUCCUGGUGAGUCUUAUCAGAAAGCACUGGCCCUGAGGAAGGAGAACUUUGGAAAGGUUCAACAGUCUUUUAGUGAGGUCCAUAGAGUCAGAAAGCUGCUCAAACUGGGUGAGUCAGUUUGCAAAAUUGUUACCGGUUUUUGUUCAGGUACAGGCUUUGUGCUGUUUGAUAGGUUUAUUCUGACAAAUGCACAUUUGUUUACAGAUCAUGUUGAAGGCAAAGAACUAGAGGAGGAUAUAGAGGUGUUUGUUCUGUUUAAUUAUGAGGAACCAGAGCCGAACACAAAUUUCUAUUACUUUACAGGUGUGAAAACAUUUGUUGACAUUGAUUUCGAGCUAGAUUAUGCUAUACUGGAGCUGAACCCCGAGGGUCAGAAAUCCAACCAACAAACGAACACAAACAACAUCAAGGUGCCACCAGGGCUCCUGAAGAAAUUCGGUCCAUCGCCUCAGAAUGGAGAAGCCUGUAUUAUUGGUCACCCUGCAGGAGAAGUGAAAAAAAUGGACCCCACAUUUAUCAUUGAGAAAGAGGAGCGGGCAAAAGCUGUUAAUGGCCAUUUAGAGCAGUACAAAGACACACUGUUCAUUCUCCUAUCAAUCAGUCAGAGUCUCAAAGACAAAGGCAUUGAAGAUAUAAUGAUGGGUGGACAUGAUGCAGAAAAAUGUGUGACCUACAACACUUUUAUGUAUCAUGGCUCUUCUGGAUCCCCAGUGUUUGACGCUCUUGGGAAAGUUUUUGGUUUGCACACUGCAGGAUAUACCUAUGAGUUUGCAAAUCUGAAAGGGAAUGUUAUUGAAUAUGCCCGUCCUCUGCUUACUAUAUUUGAAAGGUUUGUGAGGAAUCUGAAGGAAAGUGAAAAUGAGGAUCUACUGGAAAGAGUUGUGGAGGCAGCAAAGGGAAACAAGUAUCUAGAAGAUAUACUCAAGGUUGAGACAGCAGAUCUUGAUGAUCCAAUGGAGUUAGGUUAGUUAUUCAGAACAGAGGUUCCACAGACAUAUAGCAUACCACAUCUGGCUGCACAGAUUCUUUGUUCAAGAAAUCAUUAUAAUCCCACUGACUGGAUCAGACACAUUAAUUAGUUCACUUGGUUUUCUCAGAGUAUACACUUGGUGCCUCAGAAAUGCUUAGUAGGCCUAUACACUUGCUAAGUCUUGGUUUCUCAAAGACUCUACCUCCUGUUCCAUGUUUCCUUGCACCAAAUCAUUUUGAGUGAAUUGAUGCCAACAUUUUGCCUAGGUAUUGCAGUUAUAUCCAUCAACUGUAAAUCAUUCCUUCUACUUUUAUAAUGCUGUGUUGUUCUGUGUCAAAUGAUUUUCAUUUGUUAAAAUAUGGUCUACCACAAGGGUUGGUUUUGGGAAGAAUUACAUUUUUUCACAUACACAUUAUUCAUAUACAUGGUGUCUUCUCAUUUGUAUGCUGACGAUAAUAAGAUAUCUGUCUUAUAGAUUAUCAGAACCUGUUAUGCAGAGUUCAUUUAAUGAUCCAGUAAAAAACUGGAUGUCCCAUACUUUUCUUCUUUUUAAGUGUAAGCACAUGGGGAACAAAUUCUACCAUCUGCUGGUUCCUUGCUCGAUUGCAUGAAUCCUUCACGUUUGAGUGUCACAAAACAGUGCAGUUGUGUUUUAUCAUCAAACUAUUUGUUUUUAAUCAUCGAAGAUCUAUUUUAAAAACCCAUUUCCAUUUAAUAUCCCGUCAUCUCAUGCCUGAAUUAUUGCAAUAACUUUUUUUCACAUGCCUGAUUCUGAACCUGAACCAAACUAUUAAUCAACUCUGGUUCCAGACUUCCAUCUAAAACAGACGUGACCACAUCAUGCCUGUUUUAGCCUCUCUAUAGCCUCUCCAUACUGGCUCCCAAUUUAUUUUUGAUAGAUUUUAAGAUGUUAAACAAUAGAUUUUAUUGUUUACUUUUAAGGAUUUUCAUGGCUGCUGUCCCAUUUGGCUUCUUGCACCUUAUGCACAUUGCACCUGUACUGUACAUAUUUUAAGAUCCUUGAGCAGAGGUCCUUAACUGUCCAAAAGGCCUGGCUGAAAACUUAAGGAGAAGGAGAAUUUUCUUGAUUCUGAUUGAGUUUUAAUUUCCUUUGAAUAGGUUUUCAUGUACUUUCGAAAAGAAUGUAUUUACCAUUUUCUUUUUUACUGUUGUUAUACUGUAAUUGUUUUUUUUUUAUUUUUUUUAUUUAAACCUGAUCAUACUGUAUGGCUUUGUUGCCUUGCCAAAUGGAUUUGGAAAAACGCUCAUGAUGAUCAAGUUGACAUGUAUGGAGAAGGGCUGUACAAUUAAUCAAUUAAUUGUGAUUAUGACUUCCAACGAUUAUGAAAACACCAUCAAAACAUAAUGAUUAUUUUUGCUACAUUCAGUUUCAUGACAAUGCUCUCCCUUU